ACGAUAUUAUAUGUUCUCCGCCGUCGUAGACAUUGUGUGUCAACCUUCCAUUGUGAGUUUGUAACUCGGUAUUAUUCGCCUACAGCACCGACGCUCGAAUACCCGUCGACAGGAUUUUUCUUUCUUUGGACCGUUUUUGAGCGCCAGUUUCAGUCUCUGUUUUGAGCCUUCGACGAAGUCGUCGUUGCACACACAUCUCCGCGUAUCCGUGUCCGCACGCCAGAAUCAUGUUCAAACUCUCGCUGCUCUGUGUGGCAGCCGUUCUCUUUGUGGCCAGCCAAGAGGCACAAGGAAAAAUGACCUGUAAACUGCCUCAGGUCCAAAUUCCAGACGAUUGGAUCACCAUGGUUGACCCAUGCACGAAAAAAAUGAAAGAGCAGGUCCAGGAAGAACUUACUGCAGCAAUGACAUAUUUUGCAAUGGGAGCACAUUUUUCUAAAGACACAGUGAAUCGUCCAGGAUUCGCAAAAAUCUUCUUUGAUAGUGCCAGCGAAGAACGUGACCAUGCUAUUAAAAUUAUUGGAUAUCUGUUGAUGAGAGGAGGUUUGACCAAAGAUAUCAGUCAAUUAAUUCGUGACCCUCAACCUUUGUCUGAAGCAUGGGCUGAUGGUCUAAGUGCAUUGAAAGAUGCUUUAAAAUUGGAAGCUCAUGUCACUCGUAAGAUAAGAGAUAUUGCCACCACAUGUGAGGAACCUGGACGUGAUGGACAAGAUUUCAACGACUAUCAUUUAGUUGAUUGGUUAACUGGCGAUUUCUUGACUGAACAAUAUGAAGGUCAGCGUGACUUAGCUGGUAAAAUAUCCAACCUUGGUAAGAUGUUGGAAGCUCACGGAGCUCUUGGGGAGUUCCUCUUUGACAAGAAACUUUUGACUGGAGCUUCAAUUUAAUUUACACAUUUUUAUGAACAAAAUAAUGAACUACCCGAACAUUACCCAAACAUUUUUUUUUUUAAAUGUAAUUAUGUAAAAUGAUUACUACUCAUAGAUAAACUUAUUCGUAAAAUUAACCAGCUAUCAUAUUUUAGCAUAGUAAUUGGUAAAAUACAAUUUUAUUAUAUUUUUCACAAACAUAAAUUAAAAAUAUAUAUUUAUUGCUACAUUGUAUUACAUGAUUUUCUUUUUUUAAUAUUAUUUAAUUAGUGUAAAAUUAAAUUACUAUUUAAUAUUGUUGGCCAUAAUAUCUACUUUUAAUCCAAACAUAUGAUAUUACUUUAUUUAUAACUUUAUAAGUAAUUAUUGCACUCUGAAACUUAAAAUCAAUCAUAAUAAAGCCAAUUGGAUUUUUUAUUAUAUUUUAUUUGUUAAUGGCAGUGCUUGAAUUAAGAAAAAUAUUAGGAGAGGGAUGCAUAUGUGUACCUGAGUAUUUAAGUGUCUAAUUGAUUAUAUGAUAUAAUUAGAAUGGGUACACUUAUAUAUUUUUUAAAAAGAAAGAAGGCUUUGUCCCCUCUUACUUCGAGCACUGGUUCACAAUGACACAUUAAAAGAAAAAUUCCCUAAAGACAUAUUUCUUCACCAAAUAUAAACACCCAUUUCUAUUUGUGUUGAAUCUUCUUCCAAAAAAAAAA